AUGGAAAAAAAAAAAAAUUACAAAAAAUUACAAAAAAAUAAAAAUCUAAAAUAUAAAAAAGGAAAAACAAAAGGAAUAGGAGCAUUUGGAAAAGUAAAAGAAGCGAUACAUUAAUUUACAGGAGAAUUAGUAGCAAUAAAAAUAUUAGAAAAAGAUAAAAUUAUUGAUAUAUCCGAUGUAGAAAGAAUUCAAAGAGAAAUUCAUAUUUUAAAAUUAAUAAGGCAUCCUACAGUUAUUUAAAUAUAUGAAAUAAUAGAAACACCAACUCAUAUAUUUCUAGUGAUGGAAUACUGCUCUAAAGGUGAAUUAUUUGAAUAUAUAGUAGAAUAAUAAAGAUUAAAAGAAACAGAAGCAUCGAAAUUUUUCCAAGAAAUAAUAGCCGGAAUUGAAUAUUUACAUAAACUAUAAGUAGUCCAUAGAGAUUUAAAACCUGAAAACCUCCUAUUAGACCAUAAUAAAUGUAUAAAAAUAGUUGAUUUUGGGCUUUCUAAUACAUAUAAAAAAAAUGAACUUUUAAAAACGGCAUGUGGUUCUCCAUGUUAUGCUGCACCUGAAAUGAUAGCAGGUAAGAAAUAUUCAUGUCCUUAAGUAGAUAUAUGGAGUUCUGGUGUAAUUUUAUUCGCUUUGAUAUGCGGUUAUUUGCCUUUCGAAGAUGAUUCUACUUCUGCUUUAUAUAAAAAAAUAUUAAAUGGAGAUUAUUAAAUACCUUCUUUUGUAACUUUUGAUGCUAAAGAUUUGCUUUAGAAAAUAUUAAAUAUAGAUCCUAAGAAAAGAAUUAAUUUUGAAGAAAUUAAAAUGCAUAAAUUUUUUAAUCUAAAUAAGAGAGAAUAUUAAAUACCUCCAGGGAUUAUUAUAGGUUUUAAUCAAAUUCCUAUUGAUUAAGAGAUUAUAAAAUAAUUAGAAGCUGAAUUAGGUUUGGAAAAAGAAAGUGUGGUUUAAAGUUUGGACGCAAAUAAAUUAAAUCAUUUAACAACAUCAUAUUUUUUACUUUUAAAAAAAUUUGUUAGAAACGGAGGGGUUUCUAAGGCAGAUUUAAAUUCGAAAAGUUUUGAUUUAUCUUUAAUUGAACCGAAAAAAUAUAAUAGUCAAAAUAAAGGUAAAUUUUUAUAUUUAACUGUGUAAGUUGUAGGAAAAGAAGAAAACGAGUCUUAAAAAACUAUAAAAAGUAAUAAUAUUACAAAUAAUAACUAAAGAUAAAUUAUAUUCAAAUGCUUCUGA